UUUUUGAACGCUACCUUUACCUCAAACUGUAGAUUAUUAUGCAUAAUCCGGUCAUGAUUAAAACCGAGAAGGUUUUACAUUUGAACAGCUCAAAGGGUAGAAAGGUCCGUGUGGUUCGGGAGCAUUAUGUGAGGGAGCAGGUGCCGUGUGGAAGCUCCUUCUGUCAAGCGAACUGUCACAACGUUGGGAAGGUUCUGUCUAGUGAUGUGACCCACUAUGUGGUUCCGGAUGUGGGAGUGGUUCGGGAUUUCCUGGAGAUACUGGAGUUCAGGGAGCUGCAGGGGAUCGUUUUGACCCAGACAGCGUACCAGACUGUUCAGCACACUCGUGGACGCAGGCACUAUAACAGACUGCGUGCUUUACUGAAGGACCCUCGCCACGAUUGUGUGAUGUUUGCAAAUGAGUUUCAGCAAUAUUCCUACUGCCCCAGAGACAAGGGUGAGUCUCAGGACAAAUGGCAAACGAGAAAAGUGUACAAUGCAGCAGUUUGGUACUAUAAUCAUCUGGCUGGACUCCGGCCAGUGGUCAUGAUUACAGAAGAUAGUGACGCUAUUUCAGAAUAUAGUGCCUUAAACAGUGGAGUGUAUGUCAUCUCAACUCAGGAGUACCUGUUAAGUUUCUGUCCGGACCUGCAGGCCGCCCAUGAUCUGUACAUCUCCAUUGCUCAGACCCUUCAAGAGCGAGAGAGUGAGGCAGCAGAGAAGGUGUAUUCUGAACACCUGCCUGCGGAGGUGCUGGAGGCUGGUAUAAAAUCUGGAAGGUACAUCCAGGGCAACCUCAGUGUGAACAAACAUCGAGCACAGCAUGAAGCCUUUGUCCGUUAUGAGGGUUCAGCCAGCAAAAAUACAGAGCUAAACAGUGAUGUGCUGAUCAGUGGAGCGAAGCAUCGUAACCGGGCGGUGCAUGGAGAUGUGGUUGUCAUAGAGCUGUUGCCCCGUAAUGAGUGGAAGGGCAGGACUAUGGCGCUUACAGGAGGUCAGGGGGAGGAGCGGGCACAGGAGGACACCCAGAGUCAGCCCUUGCCCACAGGCAGGGUGGUGGGUAUUCUGCAGAGGAACUGGAGAGACUACGUUGUGACAUUUCCUCCUCUCGAGGAGGUGCAGUCCCAGAGCCGAAAUUCACAGAAGAUUCUGGUCAUUCCAUGGGACUACCGCAUUUCUAAAAUCCGUAUCAGCACACAGCAGGCUGAGGCACUGCAGGACCAGAGAGUAAUUGUGCGUCUAGAUUCGUGGGAGAGUACUUCUGUCUACCCAAAUGGUCAUUGUGUGAGGGUUCUGGGGAAAGCAGGUGAGCUGGAGACUGAGAUUCAGACCAUUCUGGUGGAGAACUGCAUCCAUGUGCCACCAUUCUCAGAGGCACAGUUGCGAGAGAUGCCGGUUAACACAGACGAGAACCCGUGGCAGAUGGACAGCAGUGAGGUGUCCUCUCGACGGGACCUGAGAGAGACACAUCUAGUGUUCAGUAUCGAUCCUAAGGGCUGUGAGGACGUGGAUGACACCUUGUCUGUACGGACUUUGCCUGGGGGGAAACGGUUAGAGCUGGGUGUCCACAUUGCUGAUGUCACUCACUUUGUCAAGGAGGGCUCUCUUACAGACCUAGAGGCACGGUCCAGGGCAACCACUUACUACCUUGCUGACCGGAGGUAUGACAUGCUGCCAGCGGUGUUGAGUGCUGACCUGUGCUCCCUCCUUGGAGGAGUGGACCGAUAUGCCAUGAGUGUGCUGUGGGAGCUGGAUGCUGAGUCUCUGAAUCUGUGUACGGUUUGGUACGGUCGCACUCUUAUCCGCUCCUCCUAUCAGCUUUACUAUGAGCUGGCCCAGAGCCUGCUGAACGGCGAGGAGGUCGAGGUGCCUGAGCUAGGCCAGCUUAAGAGUUCGCAGCGGGACCAGAAACUGGCUGAGCUCUUGCUGGCCCUGGAGACUCUGACGAGGGUAGCCAGGCACCUCCGGGCACAGAGAGAUAAGGGUGGUGCCCUGGAGUUGGAGGGGGUGGAGGUUAGGGCUCAGCUGGAUGAGGAGAAGAACAUUACAGCCCUUGUGCCCAAACAACCUCUGGAGGUUCAUGAGACUGUGGCAGAGUGCAUGAUCUAUGCCAACCACUGGGUGGCACGCAAGAUACAGGAGGGCUUUCCACAUCAAGCUCUUCUGCGUCAUCACCCACCACCCAAACAGGAGUUCUUCAAUCAGCUAAUCGACAGUGCCAAAGCCCGUGGCUUCAGUAUUGAUACAAGGUCAAACAGGGCUCUGGCUGAUUCUCUGGAGCGAGCUGUGGAUCCUCAGGACCCCCUGGUGAACAGGUUAUUGAAAAUGAUGGCCACACAGGCAAUGUCUAAUGCCCUUUACUUCUCUACAGGAGCCUGUCCUGAGGAACAGUACUAUCACUAUGGUCUUGCACUGGAUCGAUACACUCACUUUACCUCUCCAAUCAGACGCUAUGCUGAUGUAUUAGUUCACCGGCUGCUCAUGGCUGCCGUUCAGCUGGAAAAGGAAGGAUCACUAAGCAAAGCUUUGGCCAGUAACAAAGAACUUGAGGAGCUGGCUCAACAAAUCAACAAUAAAAACAGAGCAGCGCAGCACGCACAGAAGCAGUCCACAGAGCUCUUCCAGUGCCUCUACUUUAGAGAUAAAGACUCCAACACAGAUGAGCGCUGUGUGGCUGAUGCAGUGAUCUAUGGUGUCCGAGCUAAUGGUUUUCUUGCCUUCGUACCACAGUAUGGUUUGAAGGGAGCUGUGUACCUUAAGGAUCGAGAGGGUCAUGUGGUCAGUGUCGAUGAAGGUGGAAGAUGCGAGUGGAAGGCUGGGACAUUGCAGAGAUACCCUGACAGGAUCAGCACCUGCACCAGCACUGGAACUCAUACCUUUUACCUCUUCGACCACAUUACAGUUCGUAUCUCUGUAGAACCAUCUCGUUGCCAUGCCGACAGCUUGUGUCUGCAGCUUAUCAGGAACAAGCCUCAUUGCGCCGUGCAACCUGAGUCCCAGCCAGCUGGUCGAGGUCGGUCUGAGCUGGUUCAGGAAGUGGUGCGCUGGGCAGAAGAGGCCUCGCUCCAGGCAGAGGAAGAGAAGGGGAGGAAGUCCAAACUGAGCAGGGAAGAGAGGAAGUUCAGACAGAGCAGAACACCAAACCUCUAUGUCCUGUUACAGGAGAUCAGUGAACUUGCCCUGCUGGAUCUGUCUUUAUGCCAAAUCAGAAAUACAGAGGAACAGACUUGUACUCCAUCUUCUUAGCUUUAUACUGCUGUUACUGAAAUUGAUUAGACACAAUACUCUACACAAAAAGCUUUAGGGAUGGUUUUGCUAUAUUUGCUAGAUUUACACCUGCCAUGAAGUUCCAUUGAAGUGUCCAGAUGUGAACUAUCAAACAAGAGUUAUAGCUACUCAGGAUUUAUG